UGUUCCUUAGCUUCUACUGUAAGCUUCGUCAACUCCGCUCCAAAUCUCAACUGACCACCAUGUCGCCGUCUGCCGACGGUGCCAUCAACUGUGCCUGCGGACUCUCCAGUCACUCCGGCGAGAAUGGUGGUUUCGAAGACGGCGCCACCCCGAGAUUGGUUGAUGAGACUUGCACGCAUUGCAACGGAUCGAAACCGUCAUCGUAUUCUUCCUCUACGCUUGGUUCUGGUGCGAUUCCGUUGACCGACUCGGACAAGUUGAGGAGAUUGGUCGUGGUCUCAGCUAAAGGCUUCUCUAUCGGAGCUGGCAUUAGGGGUGGCUUAGCUCUCUUCUCGAUUCUAGCACGAUUGCGGCGCAGAAAAUCAAGAAAAGUUGACUCGUUGUCUGAUAGUGAAGCGAUAAUGGUGGGGAUCAAGGAGACACUUAGAUACGGUCUUUUUCUCGGAACAUUUUCUGGUACAUUCGUUUCUGUAGAUGAAAUUAUUGUUGCUCUCGGAGGCCAUAAAAGGACUGCAAAGUGGAGGGCAAUUAUAGCGGGACUUAUUGCAGGUCCUUCCAUGCUUCUUACCGGGCUUAACACACAGCAUACAAGUUUGGCUAUAUACAUACUCAUGCGAGCUGCCGUAUUGGCGUCACGAUGCGGGAUAAAGAGUAAACAAUUUGGAAAGCUCUGCAAACCCCUCACCUGGGAGCAUGGCGACAUAUUCCUUAUGUGUCUGUCUUCUUCGCAAAUUUUGUCCUCCUAUCUUUUGAAGCCAGAGAGUUCCGCCCCUUCAUAUAGGUCCUUUCUCGAUAAACAUUGCGGAAAGGAUCGUGUUAUCCUGCAAGGUGUAAAAGAGCAUGCAAGUGACCUUCCAUACACUAAUUUGGAAGCAAUAGAGAAAUUUUACAAGGCAAAAGGAGCAGACGUUAAAUUAAAUCCAAACAUGAAAAUCCCCUGUUCAAUGAUACACGGGAAUCAAGCUUGCAGUUCACAUGUUUUUACCUUCUUUCAUGAUGCAUAUAAAAGAUCAUUACCAGUAUACCUUCCGGUUUAUUUGAUUCCUACACUGCUAGUUCAUCGUCAAGGCCUCUUAAAAAGGCCUUACACAAUAUUAGGAAAGAGUCUUCUUGGUACAGCCAGAUCAAGCUUAUUUUUAUCUGCCUACACUUCAUCUGCUUGGAUGUGGACUUGCACGAUGAAUAGACUUUUUGGAAAAUGUGACAUACCAAUUGUAGCAUUGGGAACGUUUCCGACGGGGCUGGCGUUGGCGGUUGAGAAGAAAAGUAGGCGGAUGGAGAUAUCACUCUACUGCCUUGCACGAGCAAUAGAGAGCUUCUUCACAUGCAUGGCUGAUGCCGGCUAUUUGCCGAAGUCGAUGUAUCUGAAGAGAGCUGAUGUGGUCAUAUUUAGCUUGUCGACAGCAAUCAUAAUGCACUGCUAUGAACAGGAGAGGGAAGUGUUUCGCUCCAAAUACUUGAGUGUCCUCGAUUGGGUCUUUGGUGUGCCCCCUCCUCCAUGUGAAAGCGCUUGCUGCAAAAACAGAUGAGCAGUUCGCUCGGCUUCGGAUUGGGAUUCUAGUAGGAUUACAGUAGAGAAUUCUCUUUUUGGGUAUUUGCUUUGCUUACAGCAAUGGAGCGGGCAGACACCAAAGUUUUCAUGUCAAAAGGCCAAUUGCCUGCUGGGUCUAAAGGCUUGAAUCCGUUCCUGCUGCUGCUGCUGGUACCAUCA